CGGAAGCCAACUUACCGGCUAAUGCUAAGUACUCCAGUAUGGGGGCCAGCCUCUACACAUGCGCAUUGGCUGGAUUGCAUCUACUAACUGUAAACUGAAGGUACUUUGCGUCGCAUGUCAAGGUGGUGUCAGCAGAAUUGGGGUGGUUCCGAUUGCUAAAGGGGCUGUGCUCCUGUUUAGUAAUGGCUAUCCUCAUACUUACCGACCAGGGGUUCCAGAAUAGGCGUACACAUUUGCGUGAAACGGAAAUGUAAUCCAACUUCCUUAUUUUUAGUCGAUAUCUUCUUGAUCCUUGCGCUCCUUUUCUCUUCCUCUUCCUCUUCCUCCUUCCUCCUUCCUUGUCGUCGCGAUCUACUCUCGUCGCAGGAAUGGCCUCCUUCACUCUCGUCAGCGCCUACGCGGCCGCUGGCCUGCUGGCCAUAAUCGCCCUCAAUGUCUUGCGCCAACUCCUCUUUCGUAGUAAGACUGAUCCACCUCUUGUAUUUCACUGGGUCCCAUUCGUGGGUAGCGCCAUUACCUAUGGCAUGGACCCUUACAAGUUCUUCUUUUCAUGCAGACAAAAGUAUGGUGAUAUUUUCACCUUCGUGAUGUUUGGCCGGAAGAUGACGGUGUAUCUGGGCAUCAAAGGCAACGAAUUCAUUCUCAAUGGCAAGCUGAAGGAUGUCAAUGCCGAGGAGAUCUAUAGCCCGCUCACCACACCAGUCUUUGGCUCCGACAUUGUGUAUGACUGUCCGAACUCGAAGCUUAUGGAGCAGAAGAAAUUCAUCAAAUUUGGGCUCACUCAGGCAGCUCUCGAGUCGCAUGUCCCUCUAAUCGAGAAAGAAGUGCUUGACUACCUCAAGACAUCGCCCAACUUCAAAGGCACGUCUGGAAGAGUGGAAGUCACGGAUGCCAUGGCGGAAAUUACCAUUUUCACUGCCGGUCGCGCCCUGCAAGGCGAGGAGGUUCGCAAGAAGCUCACUGCUGAAUUUGCGGAUUUAUACCACGACCUGGAUAGGGGGUUCACCCCCAUCAAUUUCCUGCUUCCAUGGGCACCGCUGCCACGUAACCGGAAGAGGGACGCAGCUCACGCGCGCAUGAGGGAGAUCUAUAUGGGCCUUAUCAAUGAGCGCCGCAAGAAUCCAAACGGCGAGACUUCGGAUAUGAUUUGGAACCUCAUGCAUAGUACCUACAAGAAUGGACAGCCUGUGCCGGACAAGGAGAUCGCCCACAUCAUGAUCACUCUGCUAAUGGCAGGCCAGCACUCUUCGUCAUCCAUCAGCUCCUGGAUCAUGCUGCGACUAGCCUCUGAGCCCGCGAUGAUGGAGGAGCUCUAUCAGGAACAGAUCACGAAUCUCAGUCCGGAUGGAAAGGCCCUUCCGCCACUGCAAUACAGCGAUCUGGAUCAUCUGCCACUUCACAAUAACGUCAUCAAGGAAUCUCUGCGCUUGCACCUCUCUAUUCACUCUAUUAUGCGCAAGGUCAAGAACCCAAUGCCAGUUCCAGGCACGUCCAUCGUUGUCCCCGAAGGCCACGUUCUACUAGCCUCCCCCGGUGUGACCGCUCUCAGUGACGAGUACUUCCCGAACGCAAAUCGCUGGGAUCCUCAUCGCUGGGAGAACCGGGUCGAGAAAGAAGAUGAGGAUGACCUGGUCGACUACGGCUAUGGCAUCGUGUCCAAAGGAACAUCCAGCCCUUAUCUGCCCUUUGGCGCUGGCCGCCAUCGCUGCAUUGGUGAGAAGUUCGCGUACGUCAACCUGGGAGUGAUUGUGGCCACCAUCGUGCGCAACCUGAAGUUGUCCAAUGUAGAUGGCAGAAAGGGAGUUCCUGACACAGACUAUUCGUCCAUGUUUUCCGGUCCCAUGAAGCCCGCCGUUAUCGGUUGGGAGCGACGAUUCCCGGAGAAAUCAUGA